UUUCCGACGCUUAAAAUGUAUUCGGAUGACGAUUACAUUCCUCAGUACUGUGUCAUGGCCGGUCCAUCUGGCGACGAAAACGUUCCACUCACUCUGGGAAGCGGUCAGAAAAGUGGAAAGGACAGUCAACAUCUGCAUCUUGAUGACCCUUAUAUCUGGAACUUGACCCCAAGCAUAAAAGUGAAAAAAACAUUGAUCGACGCAGAAGCGGGACCAUGCUCGAGAGACGUCAAGAGAUUGGCAGUGAGCAAUCACGCGACACGUUGGCUGUACGCGAAACCAGUACUUCGCAUGUGA